AUGCCUUCCGCGACCGGUCAAAACUGGGAGAAGUAUCAGAAAACCUUUGCCGAUGAUGAGGUAGAAGAGAAGAAGAUUACACCUCUGACCGAUGAGGAUAUCCAAGUUUUAAAGACCUACGGCGCCGCACCAUAUGGUGCAGCGAUCAAAAAGCUCGAGAAACAGAUCAAGGACAAACAACAAAGUGUAGACGAGAAAAUUGGCGUCAAAGAGUCCGACACUGGUCUUGCCCCCCCGCAUCUGUGGGAUGUUGCCGCCGAUCGCCAACGGAUGUCCGAAGAGCAGCCAUUCCAAGUUGCACGAUGUACCAAGAUUAUCGAAGAUGAGAAAGGCGACGAGUCAAAGAAGAAGUACGUUAUCAACGUCAAGCAAAUCGCCAAGUUUGUUGUCCAGCUAGGAGACCGCGUGAGCCCGACAGAUAUUGAGGAAGGAAUGCGCGUUGGCGUCGACCGCAACAAGUAUCAGAUUAUGUUGCCAUUACCACCCAAGAUCGAUGCAAGCGUCACUAUGAUGACGGUCGAGGAGAAGCCUGACGUUACUUACGGCGAUGUUGGAGGUUGCAAAGAACAGGUUGAGAAGCUACGAGAAGUUGUGGAAAUGCCUCUGUUAUCCCCAGAACGCUUUGUCAAUUUGGGAAUUGAUCCUCCCAAGGGUGCUCUUCUCUACGGACCUCCUGGUACUGGCAAAACACUCUGUGCUCGUGCUGUAGCCAACAGAACAGAUGCCACAUUCAUCCGAGUUAUUGGUAGCGAACUGGUCCAAAAGUACGUUGGUGAGGGUGCUAGAAUGGUGCGUGAGCUGUUCGAGAUGGCACGAACGAAGAAGGCCUGCAUCAUCUUCUUUGAUGAAAUUGAUGCAGUUGGUGGUGCCCGAUUCGACGAUGGAGCCGGAGGUGACAACGAGGUGCAAAGAACUAUGCUGGAACUUAUCACCCAGCUGGAUGGUUUCGACGCUCGCGGUAACAUCAAGGUCAUGUUCGCCACCAACAGACCGUCCACACUGGAUCCCGCCCUGAUGCGACCUGGCCGUAUCGACCGAAAGAUUGAGUUCUCCCUGCCUGACCUCGAGGGACGAGCAAACAUUCUUCGCAUCCACGCCAAGAGUAUGUCUGUUGAGAGAGAUAUCCGGUGGGAGCUCAUUUCCCGUCUUUGCCCCAACGCUACUGGUGCAGAGCUGAGGAGUGUGUGCACUGAGGCAGGCAUGUUUGCUAUCCGAGCGAGGAGAAAGGUUGCUUCCGAGAAGGACUUCUUGAGCGCUGUGGACAAGGUGAUCAAGGGCAACCUCAAGUUCAACUCUACAGCUACCUACAUGCAAUAUAACUAG